AGGCAAGUGGGGUUUGGUGGCGGCGGGGUGGCCCCCAUGGUCGGUGGCUGACUGCUGGUCCCACACCCUGACAGCCUGGCAGGGAAGCUGUGAGCCAGUCUGCGCUGAUCAGGGACCCCUGUCGCUGAGAAGCCUGCUUUAAGGCUGGUCAGUUCUGCAAGAAAGGAGAGAAGGAAGAGACUGGCUCAAGUUUCUGGAGGCUGGACCCCUCCCCACCGCAGUCAGCUGUGGGGCUUGACUCCAGUUGCUCAAAGAGAGGAGGGGGAGAUUGCGCCACAUCAGUGAAGAUCCUUUUCUAGUGGCUACCCAUAGUGUUGGAAUUGCUGUGGCCCACCAUCCGCAACUGGUCUGCACCCACCAGGAGCCAUCCAUCCUCCCCCAGCUCGGUUUUGCCUCCUCUGAAUUUUGUAAAUUUGACUUAGACUGUGCUUGAAAAGAGGGUGAUUGGCUGCUGGACUGGCAAGUGACUCUUAACUCUCUUUGAAAUUUUCAUUUGAAUCAACAGAGUAUCAAGGUAUAAGCCAUUGACAGAUCUGCAAUCAACGCCAAGAGCUAAGUAGAGGCUAUUAAUUUGGUCGUGUCUAUAACUUGUAUCAUGACUGGGGCAGAGGCUGAGACUAAUGCUCAUGCUCAGCCUAGAAAGAAGGCUGGGGAAGAGGCUGUAGGUGGGGCUGAGAGAGAGAAUGAAGUUCCUCUGGUGGUCAGACCCAAGAUUAGGAACCAGAACCAAGGAAUGAAUGGGGCAAGAUCCAAGAAUAAGAAUAAAUCUAUGUCUGGCUCAAGGCGCAAAAAGGAUACCCCAGCCCAGUCUGGGGAAAUUUCUAAAACUGAGUCUCAGACCAUGACUGCGCAAAGGCCCAAAACCGAAGUGCAGAGAGUGCCUGGGGAAAGUUCUAAAACUGAGUCCCAGGCCAUGACUGGGCCAAGGCCAAAUACUGAAGCACAGAUGGUGGCUGGGGAAAGUUCUAAAGCUGAAACCCAGGUCAUGACUGAGCCAAGGCCCGAAACUGAAGCUCAGGCAGUGGCUGGGGCAAGGCCCAAAACUGAUGCGCAUGCAGUGGCUGGGGCAAGGCCCAAAACUGAUGCCAGGGCAGUGGGUGGGGCACGUCCUAAGACUGAAGCCAAGGCACUUCCUGGGUCAAGACCCAAAGGUAAAGCCCAGGCAUGGGUUCACACUGAAUUUGGGACUGAGGCACUGUCUCAAGCAGAAGGUAUAUCCCAGCCUAAUGUUGUCACUUGGCCACUGGUCAGUUCUGAGUCUCGGUCAGCUACUAAAUCAAAUGUGGAUGGAGAAUUGGGCAAUAUGGAUGCUGAACCAUUUUCUACCACCCAAAAUCAGACAGGAAUCCAGUCCUGGUUUAGACCAGGGGAGGAGACUAAUAUGGGGUCUUGGUGUUAUCCUAGGCCCCGAGCCAGAGAGGAGGCCUCUAAUGAGUCUGGAUUCUGGUCAGCAGAUGAGACCUCUACAUCAGUGUCUUCUUUGUGGGCUGGUGAAGAGCCCAGUAUCAGAUCAUGGCCCAAGGAAGAAGCCAGUAGUAGGUCCAGGCACAGGGCUAAACAUCAGACUAAUAACUCUGGGUCCAAGCCCAGAUCGAAGCAAGAACCCUAUGUUGAUUCCUGGUCUGGAUCUGAGGAUGAAACUGGCAACCCAUUCUUCUGGGGUGGAGAAAAUGCCAAUGACAUGUUCAGGUCCAGAGUCAAGGACAAGGCAAAUACCAGGUCCAAGCUCAGGACAAAGACGGGGGACUGUUUUGAAUCAGAGUCUGAAGAUGAGUUCUAUAAGGAGUCCUGGUUUUUGCCUGGAGAAGAGGAAAAUAGUAGAUUCAAGCACAGAGACAAGGGAGAGCCCAAUACUAUUUUGAAAUCACGGGCCCUGAAAGAUGUUAAUAACCGUAACAGUGCCAACGAAGAGCACAGGUUGGAGGAGGAAGUCAUUAUUGGGUCCUGGUUCUGGGCAGAGAAAGAGACCAGUUUGGAGGCUGGGGCUUCAGCAGUCUGUGAGUCUGAGCCAGGAACUGAGCAAGGAGUUAUUGGUGGAUCCCUGUUUUGGACCGAGGAAAAGUGUAAUUUGGGGGCUGUGGCCAGAGAAGAGCCCAAGCCAAAGUCUGAAGAAGAGGCCAUAUUUGGAUCCUGGUUCUGGGAUAGAGAUGAAGCCUGUUUUGAUGUGAAUCCUAAUCCUGUAUACAAGGCCAGUAACAGGUUCAGAGAUUCAGUUGAACAGGAAAUUGAUACGUCGUCUAGGCCCCAAACUUGGGAAGAGGUCACUGUUGAAUUCAGACCUGCCCCUUGCCAUGAGAUUGGCUUCCCAUCCACAAGCCAGUUUACACUUACUGAAGGGGCUUCUGAAACACUUGAGACAAAGCCCAUGCCCUUGGAACCUAACCUAGACGGGGAAGAGCAGCAGUCUUUGCCUCAGCCUGAUGAGCCUGGACCUGAGUACCCAUUUCAGUAUGAUCCUUCCUACCGCUCAGUCCAGGAAAUUCGAGAGCACCUUAAAGAAAGAGAAAAUGCAGAGACUGAGAACUGGUCCUGCACCUGCAUACAAUGUGAGCUUAGAAUUGACUCUGCAGAGUUUGAAGAACUCCUUUUACUGAUGGACAGAGUGCGUGAUCCUUUCAUCCAGGAAAUAUCUAAAAUUGCAAUGGGGAUGAGAAGUGCUUCUCAGUUUACCAAAGAUUUUAUUCGGGAUUCAGGUGUUGUCUCACUUAUUGAAACCUUGCUCAAUUAUCCAUCCUCCCGAGUUAGGACACAAUUUCUGGAAACCAUGCUUCAAAUGGCUCCACCUUAUCCAAAUCUAAACAUGAUUGAGACAUUUAUCUGCCAAGUGUGUGAGGAGACACUUGCUCUUGGGGUAGAUUCCCUUGAGCAGAUGCUUGGACUAAGGAUGCUUAGACACCUCACUGUGACCACUGACUAUCAUUCACUGAUUGACAAUUACGUGUCUGGAUUUCUUUCCUUAUUAAUCACAGGCAAUGCAAGAACAAAAUUUCUUGUUCUGAAAAUGCUACUCAAUUUGUCCGUAAAUCCUAUGGUGAUAAAAAAUCUAUUCAGUGCCAAAGCCCUAUCAAUAUUUAUAGGUCUCUUUAACUUAGAAGAGUCACAUGAUAAUAUUCAAAUUGUUGUUAAGAUGUUUCAGAACAUCAGUAAUAUUAUAAGAAAUGGCACAUUAUCCUUAAUUGAUGAUGAUAUCAGUCUUGAGCCACUUACAUCUGCAUUCCAUGAAUUUGAGGCUUUAGCUAAGCAACUACAAAUCCAAAUAGACAAUCAAAAUGAUCCUGAGACAGGACAACAAAGUUAAUAUGAUUAAUCACCUGCCCCCGCUCAGCCUUAUGCUCCCAAAGAGCCCUGAACAGUGCUUUUGGUGUUCACAGUCUGGUUUUGUGUUGUAACUUAUAUUUGUAAUGUUGAUGUUAAUCUUUGCGAACUCUUAUUUUGUGCUGAAUUGUUUUGUGGAUGCCAAAUUAAUAUUGCAACUGAAAAUGUAAUUGUUGAAAUUUGUCUUGUUGUUCAGAUGUGAUAUUUUUGUUGUUCAUCUUCUAAGAACUGUGCCGGAAUAAGCUGCUAUUUGUUGUUUAACUAUAUGGUUCUCUACUGAAGUCUGUGUUUUCAAUAAAGUUGUGUGUUGAAGUCAGCAUAAAUGAUUCAAGUUUACAAAGCAGGUGUGAAUACAUUGGGCACACAUAACAAAUAUUAAUGAUUAGUAUGCCAAACAAAUGCUGUUAGAAAAUCCUGUUAUUGGAGCUUAGGGAGGAAAUACUUGAGCUUGUGGUGUGGCUUAGCAGGCUAAUCCACCCAUGUUGUAAGCAUCCCAUAUGGACAUUGGUUUGUGCCCCAACCGCUCCACUUCUGAUCCAGAUCCAUACUAAUGGCUGGGAAAGUGGAGCAGGAUGGCCCAUGUUCUGGGACCCUGUACCCACGGGGGAGACCCAGAACAAACUCUUGGCUCCCAGUUUCAGACUGGCCAAGCUCUGGCCAUAGCAGCCAUUUGGCCGGUGGAUAAUUCUCUCUCUCCUUGUAGCUCUGGGUAUUUCUUAUUUUCAAGUAAAAUAAGAAAAUCUUAAGGAAAAAAAGGGGCAGGAGUGGAGAAGAUUGAUAUGGCCUGAAGUACCAGAGGGAUCUGCAGGAAAAGAGGGACUCAAAUUGAUUACUAGCCGAUAGGAUGAAACAAAUCAUUAUGUCACUUUUGAAAGUGGGCAGUGAUGGUGUGAGGAAAAGUGUGUAAUUAGAAAAUUGUUUCCAUCUGCAUACAUGUACCCAAUAUGCCUGAAAUAGGUGAGAAGACUUAUUGCAGGAUACAAUUGGACAAUUAGAAGGCCAGUUUGGGGGAACUAAGUAUGCCAAAUAUGCUCAUUUUACAAUUUAAAGUCAUCUAAUGGAUAAAACAAACAAACAAAAACCCUCCAAUUAACUGAGGUCAGGAAUGGGAUUUCCUUUAUGGUCCUUGUCCAAGGAAAAGUGCUAAGGAAAUACCAUUCAUCCAUUGUAGGAAUUGUGCAUAGAUUGAUUUAUUGACAUGAAAUUAUAUUAGUGAUAUUCUAUGUAGUGAAACUUGUCAUUGGUUGUACAGCUAUACAAAAUUAGAUACCAUUUUUUUAAAAAGUGCAUAUACUUAUAUACAAUUUCCAUGCAACUUCAAUUUGACUUCCUACAUCACUUGUUAUAUAUCACAGUCUGAAAUAAAAUGCACCAUACUAAAAAAAGUUUCUUAGAGCUAACUUGAUGGCGUAUCAGGCUAAGCCACUGCCUGUAGUGCUAGCAUCCCGUGUGAGCACCUGCUUGAGUCCAGGCAUUUCCACUUCCCAUCCAGCUCCCUGCCUGUGGCCUGGAAAAGCAGUGGAGGAUGGCUCAAGGUCUUGGACUUCUGUACCCACAGAGCAGACCAGGAAGAAGCUCCUGGCUUCCAACUUUAGAUCAGUACAGUUCCAGUCAUUCCAGCCAUUUGGGAAGUA